AUGUCCGGGAUAGAAAAGCUUAACAAUUCCAUCCUGAGCGUCUUUGACGGCACAAACUGGAAUACUUGGUCAGACAACUAUAUGAGCAUAUGCAUGCACCAGGGCACUUGGGGGGUUGUGAAACCCUCUUAUAUCUCGGUUAACGGUACACCAGCUGCAAAUAUCGGUGCAGUCGAACGUCCUUCAACUGCUGGGGACUCCCAAAAUCAAUGGGACGUUGCCAAUGAAAAGGCACUGGGUCUUGCGCGGGUUUAUAUUAUCCAGAAUCUGCGCAAGGGAAUCUUUAUGGACGGUCAGCGGGAGCGCACUGCGCGCGAAGUUUGGGCAAAAAUGGCGACGGAUUAUGGCCAGCCAAAUGCCAUCGAUGCUUUCGUCGAGUACGGCCUCCUGAACACCACCACCUUCCAUGGUGGUGACACCAUUGAGAAGCAAAUCAUGGAAAUGGAGACUCGUUGUUGCCAGUGUUCAGAAGGAGGAAUCAAGAUCCCCGACUACCUCUUCGCGACUCUCAUGCUCGCCGCCUUACCUGCUUCCAGCAGAGGUUUCGUCACCUCUUAUCUGGCCAAUCGUCCUAUUGCUUCCUUAAACCCGGUAGAUGUUAAGAACAGCGUCAUUGGGAAUAUCAAGAUCGAGAACCUCGACACGACGUCAAACUCGAAGAUUUCCACCGUUCCGUCCCUCGCCACCUGCUGCACUCAUUGUAACAAGUCCGGUCACGUUGCGGCAUCCUGCUACAAGAAGUAUCCCAACCUCAAGCCUACUGGUCAAUCUUCUGACAAAGGCAAGGGGAAGCAGGAUGAGGGGAAGAAGAAAAAGAAGAAGGAGAAGAAGAAUAGUGGUGAUGGUACCAGCACUGUAAACAAAGAAGUUGUAGCCGCUCCCGUGGUUGCAGCUGCCUCCAAUGGAAUGCACAUUUUGUCCUAUCUCAUGAGUGACUCCCUCAAACACAUCGAUGAUGGAAUUUUUGUUGAAGAAAUGGGAGACGAUUCAAAAAUUCGUUUUCUAUGGGAUUCAGGUUUCGUUGGGUCGGGAGCUCGCUGCAAGAAUGAAGCCAUUGGAGAUAUUGUGUUGCGGGGUCAUACUAGUAGUGGCAUGGACUACACCUUCACGCUGAAGGAUGUCAUCUACAACCCGCACAUAAGAGGGCGUUACCUUUCUGGGUAUGCGCUCGAUCAGGCUGGUUACUACACCGUGGUUGGUGACAACAAGGCAAUCCUAGUCACCAAGGAUUGGCUCAACAAGGGAAAAGCGCAUGGGGAUGUCUUGAUGACCUUUAAAGCAAGCAAUCGCUGCUACUGGUACUACCCCGAGGAGCUCGUGGCACCAUCUGUGUCUGCAUCUCACGAGUCUACCGCGCUCGCUUCCCUGGAAACUACCGAUCUUGAAGGUGUUCCCCCCUUGCGACGCAAUAAAGACCAGUGUGGCAUGUGCAAUGGAUGUAUGCUUGGAAAACAACACAAGCAUCUGUACCCUGCAUCAGAGAAACGUGCUAGCAAACCCCUCGAGCUUAUCCACACUGAUUUGAUGGGCCCCUGGCCUACUCAGUCGUUGGAAGGUUCACGCUACACAAUUUUGUUCUAUGACGAUUUCUCAAGCUUUGGCAUGAUGGUCCUGUCACGGGAUCGCGAGAAGUACCCCUAA